AUGUUCGGAACAAAUGGAAACGCUGGAAUCGCAGUAACUGAUCCAACAAAGCAAGCGGAGAUUUAUCGAGCGUUGGAAUCGCUGAAAAAAGACGAAUCGGGAUGGAAGAAAUCUGUGGAUUCGUUCAUUGGACCUCAUAAACCAUCUCCAGAAGAGCAAUUUCUCUUGUUGCAAGUUAUAGAAGAUUAUCUUAACAAAAGAUAUCAUUCAUCGUCACAAGGAGAUGUUUCUGUUAUCAGGACAUUUUUGCUUCAUUAUACUAAAAAUUCUCGGAGCUCAACAGUCGAUCAACCCGCGUUUCUCACUAACAAAAUGGCUCACAUCUUCUCAUUGGUGUUUGCCGCAGAUUUCCCUGAACGAUGGUCCAGUUUCUUCAAUGAUCUCUUCUUCUCGGACAAUAUCAACGAUCGCAAAGUCGCUUUUUUCUAUUUGAAAGUUCUGCUUGCAAUUGAUACAGAAGUCGUGAAUCGAGAUAUUCAGAGAUCGAAAAAUGAAAGUGAUCGAAACAUUAAAAUAAAAGAUGCUAUGAGGGAGAUUUGUAUCAAUGAAAUCGCUAAAAGUUGGUUGACUAUCGCAAAUGCACUUCCAGAAGACAACGUCAUUCAGUGUCUUGUUCUGGAUAAUAUUGCCUCAUACGUUGAUUGGAUUGAGUUGGAUCUUGUAGCCAACGACUACGUCAUGCCUCUCAUUAUCUCAAAAUUCCAGAAUCCAGCAACUUCAGAGUCAGCUACUGCAGCAGUUUGCAGCCUACUUGAAAAAGGAAUGCCAGCAGAAAAGAAAGUUGGAUUAACACUGACAAUUAUGACUGUAUUGCGGAGUAACGGAUUGCUAACAGUGAAUGAUAACAAUGACGAAGAAGAAGUAACACGUGUAGGAUCAUUGGUUAAUACUCUUGGAUUAGUUCUUCUGGAUGUUCAAAACAAAUUAUGCGCCAGUUCGAUCCUGGAAAAAGAACAAGAAUGCUGUGUACAGGAGAUGGCAGGUCUUGCAGAACCAGCACUUGUUGUUUUGAAUAACGAGGAUCCAGACUUGAGUUGUAUGUGCAUCGAUUACAUCCGAGCUUAUUGCUCGUUCUUGUUAAAGUUUCACCCAAAUGAAACGAAUUUCAUUGAAAAAGUUAUUCGGGCUGGUCUCCAACGAUAUGUGAUGAACGACGACAUGACGGUUGGUGGUGAUGGAGAAGAUGAAGUUGAAUUUCAAGAAUUUCGACGAGAACUCCGUUCAAUGCUUAAUGUAAUCGGUUUAAAACGUCCCGAAGCUAUCAUAAACGCUGUAGAACCAUGGACUGCUGAAGUUACGUCCGGUGGAUCUUCUAUUCCUGUGAAUAGAAUUGAAGCUCUUCUUAAUGUAAUCUUCCAUCUACACGAAAUUAUUCCCAGCAACAUGCUUCAAAGUCCACGAGAGGGAAUUUCUCAACGAGCAGCACGACUACCAAUUGUUAUACUUGAAGGAUUGGUAUUAGAUGGAAGAUGUCCAGCAAUUCACGUUCUCUACUUUGAACUUGCAUGUAGAUAUGAACGUCUUCUUGUUUUACAACCUCAGCCUGUUGUUAUUCCACAUAUUGCUGCAGCUUUUCUAGAUCAACGUGGAAUAUCGAUUUCAUCUGCAAAUGUUCGAACAAGAAUCGUCUAUCUCUUUUGUCGAUUUGUGAAAUCUCAUAAAACAGUUCUUGGACCACUUGUAUCAGAAGUUAUUACUCGACUUGCCCCUCUCCUCGCAGUUUCUCCACAAGCAGAUACAAAUCAAUUGCUUUCUCCUGAAGAUCAAGGAUAUAUUUUUGAAGCAACAGCUACACUUAUCGUUUUUGGUGAUUUGACAUCUGAAAUGAAAUCUCAAUACGUCGGAGAACUUGCAUCUACUUUGGCAAUGAAGUUUGAAAAUGGUCUUGUCGAAUUAAAUACGGCUAGAGCUAGAAAAGCAGACGAAGAAACAAUUCAAGCAAUUCUUCAGUUUAUGUCGAAUAUUAUUGGAUACAGUAGUCGAAUGUCAAAAGCUUUUAACAAUGCACAAUCUAUGAAAGCUUGCAACUGUAUCGAUAUCUACUUGAGGUUGAUCAAGCUUUAUCUUGAAACUCUUUCACCACAAAAUGCAUUCCUGCUCGAAUCGACAAGACAAUUUGCUCACAGGCUUGUAGUCUCAAUGGAGAACGAGUUGAUGCCAUAUAUGAAUGGAAUAUUUGAUAAAUUGGCGUUAGUUUCUACUGAUCUGGAUUCAAUGCAUCAUUUGCUCAUUUUCUGUCAUCAAACUGUUGCAAAGUAUAAGAAAGCGAUGCUAACAAGUGGAGUUGAUUUGGGAAAUGUUCUAGCGAUUGCUGCGAGAGCAUCACUUCAGGAACAAGAAAACAAUAUUCCAGCUAAAGAUGAUAGUCAACGAGCUCUACUUUAUGUCCAACGUGCAUUCGUUCAGCUAUUAUACACUGUCAUUGCAAGUGAUUGUACUCCUGCUCUAAAUACAACACCCGGACUUUUGGAUCAUGUACUUGAAUCAGCUGCUCGUCUAGCUCUGUCAUCAGAUCAAACUGCUCAAAAGGUCGCUCUAUCAUGUCUGGCAAAAAUCUCUCUGAUAACUCCAUCAUGGUCUGCAAGAACACUUCGUGUAGCACUUGAAAUUCCUUCACUUUCCCAUAUUACCCCAUCAGAUGCUGGAAGCACAUUGGUUGUUCAUGAAGUGUGUGCUACAUUAACCAGUCUACAUCAAUCUGAUCCGGAUGGAUUUACACGAGCACUCAGAGAGCUUGUUCCCAAUGGAUUCUCAGAUCAACUACUGUCAGCAUUAACCAAUUUGAAAGGAAAGAAUCUAGAUAAACAGGUAAUGAAUCUGUAUUCUUCGCUUCGAAAUCAAAGUGCUCAAUAAUUCAAUUUCAACCAUCUCCCUGGUGCCCUUUUCUCGCCGUCAUAUUCACCAUUUUUCUUUUUUCCUCGUAAUUUGUAAAUCAAUUGUUUUUUUUGUUAUUGCGCUCAAUGUUUUCAUAUUUCCAAUUUUUCGCUUAAAUGUUCUUAGAAUUGGAUCAAGUUGUUGUUAAUCUUAUUCCCCUUACCCGUAUUCUGAUGGUUUUUUGUUUGUUCGCUGUUCAACUUUUUCCUUCACAAUUCCUAAGUGCCCUUUUUGAAAAUUCUAUUGAAAUUUGCAGACUUGACGUUAUUCGGGUGUUUUUCUCUUUCUAUACUCAACAAAUUAUGUUCCUUCCUUUUAACAUCAUCAUCAACAUCAUCAUCAAUGCUCCCAAAAACGUUUAAUGUCACCCAUUUUAUUCACUUCUAGAUUCUUUUCCCGUUUUGUCAUACACGACAAAAUUGGGUUUUCAUUUGACUUGCAGUAGCUCUUUCAUUUUUUUUUCAAUUUGACACUGUUUAAUGGUACUGAAUGAAAAACUGGUAUAUAAAAAAGUUUUUAUAUUUAAAAAA